AUGGAGAGGUGCAUAAAUCGCGAGCUUCUCGAACGUCACGGCUUAACUAGCGACAGGCAAAAAAUGGAACUCAACCGAGAACAUUUUCGCGCCAUAAUUUAUUACAACUUUCAAAGACAAUUAUCGCAACAAGAAUGCCUUGCUGAGUUACUGUCUGUUUUCUCGACAAUUUCCCGUUGGUAUGAAGAAUUCAAACGUGGACGGGUGAGUCUUAGCGACGAUCCCAGGGUGAGUGCACCAAAAACGGCAGUCACCCAGGAAAACGUCGAUGCUGUGCGCAAACUCAUCAUUGAAGAUAGACAUGUGACAUAUCGCGAGAUUGAGGCGUCCUUGAAGAUCCCAAAGACCUCAAUUCAAAAAAUUUUACAUGAAGAAUUAGGAGUAAGAAAAUUAGUUUCUCCUGUUUGGGUGUUCCAAGGUGAAGAAAAGCCAACAAAAGUCAUCCGUUCUCGAAGUGUUUCGAAAAAGAUGGUCUCGACAUUUGUGUCAAAAGCGGGUCAUAUUGCAACAAUUCCUCUUAAUGAGCAAAGAACUGUUACUGCGAAUUGGUAUACCACCAUUUUUUUGCCAAAAGUGAUCACCGAGCUUCUAAAAAUCAACCCCGAAAGAAGAAUCAUCCUCCACCAGGACAAUGCAAGCUCGCACACAGCCCAAAAAACAUGGCAGUAUUUAACAGAAGAAAACGUGGAAUUAUUGGACCAUCCUCCAUAUAGUCCCGAUCUAAGUCCUAACGAUUUUUUUACUUUCCGGAAAAUUAAAAACAGACUGCGUGGUCAAAGGUUCCAGUCACCAGAAGAAGCAGUUGAUGCAUUCAAAAAUGCCGUUUUGGAUCUGCCAGCAAACGAGUUGAAUAAGUGCUUCGAAAAUUGGUUCGAGCGCAUGCAGAUGUGUAUUAAUCUCCGUACCCACAACAUUUAUGAUCCUGACAUGAUUCGUACAACUCAGGAGGACUGA